UAUCUAUAAUAUUACAGUAUAUCACUAUCACACAAGUAAUCAGAUAGAAGAAAGUUUAGUGUUUAGAAUAUCAGCAUAUAUUUGUACAAUGAAAGGUCACACUCCACCAAAAGAAGAUCAAAAACCAUUGCUUGGAGCGGAGCAAACUGUUGACUUUCAGGAUGAAACAAUUCCCCCAAAUUCUCCAAUUACAAACUUGACAAACAAUUUUCAAAAUGACAGCUUUGAGUCUGAGAAAGCAGAAUCAAAUGAAAAACUUGAUCAGUUUUUUGAUAGUUAUAUUGACAGUACUUCUCAGGAAAAUACCAGAGAGUCACAUGUGUGUUCGGACUCUGUUUCAAAAUGUGGAGAUGAGCAGCAUUCAACAUCAGCACCAAAGAGUACACGGAUCAAUUCAUAUUUACCUGUUGCAAAUAACCAGAUUCCCGAAUCAUUGUUUCACCAACUUCAAAGUGACUCUUCAUCAUUGGCCACGCUUGUUACAGAGAAAAGGAUAUCAGAUUCUAGAAGAACUUUCUGCUUAUUUGUCUUAUUUGAUUUGAUUUUAACAUCAUUAUUAUGGCUGCUUAUGUGUGGGACCAGUGCCAAUGCUGAAUAUCCAUUUUUCGUAAUUGUUGGAAAACAGAUCAGUGAAUACACAGUUAAUGAUUCUUUAUUCGAUGUCGUGUGUCUUGCUUUUCUACGGUUCACACUCUUGGAGUUGAUGUAUGCAGUGUUGAGAAUUAAGCAUUGGUGGCCUGUGGCUCUCAGCACAUCUGUAACUGACAUUUUAUUAAUAUUAAAAAUAUUUCCUAUAUUUCAGGCUUCUGGUACAGCAACAUAUUUGAGUAGAGCUAUUCCGAUGACAAUAGUAAUUUUAUUGACAAAUUUUAUACUUUCGUGGAUCGAAGUCUGGUUAAUUGAUUUUAAAGUUCUUCCUGCGGAAGCAAAAUUAGCACAGAGAACUGUCAGGCAAUUUAUUCAAAAUCAACAGUCGUUAUCAUAUGGUGGCAAUGACGCAGAUCUUGGUGAACGUGCACCUUUAUUAAAUGGUCAUCAAAGGGGUUUCACUCCACCGCAAUCAUAUUAUACCGGAGCAACAUCUGACCAUUUGUCAUAUCAUUCAGUAUUAGAAUCUGAGUUCGAAAGACCCACAAGUAGAUUGGCUCAUCUACACAAGGCAAGGCCGAUAUCACGCGAAGAACAAAUUCAUAUUGAAAAGGGAAAAGGUGCAUUGAACCAGUUAUGGUGCAUGUUUAGGAAUGAAGAAAUUUGGAAACUCGAUAAAGAGCUGGAAAAUGGGGAUAAACUUUACACUGCUGAUAUCCCAAGUUACGGAAAAACAUUUAGAAUUGAUACAACUGUCUAUGGAGUUUCAGCUCAACAAAUAUUUCAGGAAAUCAUUCUGAAAGCAGAAACUAUGCCCACUUGGAAUAAAGCUGUUGAUGAUGUCAAGAUUCUUAGACGAAUUGGUGAACAAACAGCCAUAUCUCUUGAAGUAUCCAAACCCGCUGGAAAAGGAUUAAUUCAGAGUAGAGAUUUCAUAACGGUUAGACGAGUUGACAAAAUUGAAAAUAUGUACAUCAGUGCUGGUGUUUCAACUGAAUAUGAAAUCCCAGAGACUGGUAGAAUAAGGGGCGUUAAUGGACCAACAGGAUUUAUAGUCGAACCACUCAACGUUGGGUAUAAUUCUUGCAAGUUUACAUGGAUAUUGAAUACAAAUUUAAAAGGUUCAUUACCUCAGUAUCUUGUGAAUAGUAAUUUAGCAGCAACUAUGAUUACGUUUGUGUCUUCAAUGAAGGAAUUUCUUGGAGCUGAGUAAUUCGUACUUGCAACUGUACUAAAAGAAAAGUCGUGUUUGUGCAAGUCCUUUAAUAGGUGAUCAUGUGGACAAAACUACUUCAAUUUGGCAGAUUCUGUGUUAUGGAUUCUUGAAUUAUGUUUCUAACUAUUAUAUAGUUAUCUUAUCUAUGAUAUUAUCUGUAUGUACAUUGGACUCCUGACUCUGUGGAAGUUAUGAACGAAUAUUCAUGUCAGUGCCUCAUGACCAAAAUGGUGCUGAUCUCUCUUUUUUUUGUUUCGUAUUGUGCAAUGUCAAAAAAAUAUUGCUUCCUAUGUUCAAACUAUUGCACUACUGGUACUGUAUUUUCUAAGUUUACCAGACUCGCUGAGUAAUUUGAAAUACAUUAAAAA